AUGGCUGAUCAACCGCUGUUCGAUCUGAGCUCCUUUCACCCCGCCCCAGGCAUUACUCAUGUUUGCACUGCUGGGGAUAGCCUUCCACUACGAGCUCACAAUGAUGCCCUGUCAAAAUACAUGACCGACAAAGCUGGGGGACACAAAGGUUACGAAGAACAAGGCAAACUCCUCGAUAAAGCGCGGGAUUUGAUUGCCAGCUCCUGGAAAGUUUCCAGUAAAGAGAUUGGAUUCACGUCAAGCGUCGCAGAGGGGGUUUCCAUGAUUCUAGAGUCGCUGGACUGGGCGGAAGGGGAUAAUGUUUGUAUUGACGCCGAUGAAUACCCGAGCCUGGUAGCUCCUUUCGCUCUCAAAUCCCAACGGAGUCAGGAUGCAUCUAGUCACAGAACACCAGAGAUGCGGUACUGCACAGGAGAAAGUAUGAAUACCAUAGUCAACAAUAAAACACGGCUUAUCGCGGUUAGCUACGUCUCGUAUUUGAACGGGGCUCGAAUCGAUCUUUCUUUCUACCGCGCCCUUGCGGACUCAGUCGGAGCCAUUCUUCUUGUUGAUUUUACCCAGGCUGCUGGGUACAGCCCCAUCGACGCGUCGGUUGCAGAUUUUGCAUUUUCUGCCUGUUACAAAUGGCUAUUGGGCACGACGGGAACAGCAAUCGCUUUUUGGAACCAGCAGCGUCAGCCGGACUGGACGCCUGGGACAGCUGGAUGGUAUUCUCUAUCUAUGGGAGUGGCACGGCCACGGUGGGAGACGGAUCGGAUUGAUGUUCGCGAUGAUGCGAUGUGCUUUAGUCGCGGCAGCCCCGCAUACUUGUCUACAUAUAUUCUCGUGGCUGGUCUUGAAUACCUGAAUCAAUGGGCCACUUCUGACAUUGAAGUGCAUGUUCAAACACUUACUACCAAACUCCUCAAGGAGCUGGAAAGGGUUGGGAUCCAUUCAACAACUCCAAGAUCGGUGGAGCGCCACGGAGCCAGUGUCGCGGUUGACUGUGCCGGGGCUUCAGAAAUUGUGGAUGAACUACACAACAGUGGUAUUUACGCAUCCAAUGGUAAGGGACGCGUUCGUUUCAGCUUCCAUGGGUACAAUUCACUGAAGGAUGUGGAGUGGAUCAUGCAGGUGUUUCCUGGUCUGUGGAAGACGUGGAACUAG